AUGUCUACCAGCAAAUGCUCCAGAUGCAUUGGGAUUUCCUUGUUCUCGCUCUCUAUCUGUGCGAUUGUCUCUAAUCUUCUCCUCUACUUCCCUAAUGGGCAAGUGCUAGACGCCGACAGGAUCACUGACUUGGUCUGGUUUUUCCAUGGCAUUCUGGGAGCUGGAAUACUGAUACUAUUGCCAGCAUUUAUGAUGCUGGGCGCUGGCGGAGAAGGAUGCUGCGGUAACAGAUGUGGAAUGCUGCUCUCUGUCCUCUUUGCUGUGUUGGGAGCCUUUGGCGGCGUGUACUGUGUGAUCAUCUCCUCCUUGGGGUUGAUUAAUGGCCCUCUUUGUGAUAUUGGCGACGAGGUAUACAUUUACCCUUUCAGGAACAGCACCUUCAUGGAUAAUUAUUUGUUUAACCAGACCACAUGGAGCAUUUGCAAAAAGCCGGAAAACAUCAUCCUUUGGAACGUGGUCCUGUUUUCCCUCCUGUUGGCAAUCGGCAUGCUCGAAGCUGUCCUUUGCUUCAUCCAAGUUGUCAACGGGCUGCUUGGGUGCAUGUGUGGCACCUGCGUCAGGAAAAGAAAGACUAAUGUUGCAGGAAUGUGA